AUGAAUAUCUCAAAUCGAAAUCUGAACAAUAAAUCUACAGUGUUUUCAAGUAAUUGUACAUUUCCAAAAACCUGUGAUCUUCCUGAAAAAAACGUUUUGAACGUUAGAAAAGAGAAAGAUAGUAGAAGUAACGUGCCGACUUCAAUAGCUGAUAAAUCAAACACAAAAACUGUUUUAAAUAAGAAGAAUCAAAGUUUAUCAAGGCCUAACACGACAAAUUCAAUUCAUGACAUUAAAACCGCAUAUUCUCUGAGGGCUAUUAAACAAAAUUCGAGUCCAAUAAAAACUUCCCAACCGCAUUUUUCACUACGUACACGUGACAUAAAUAAAAAUCAUUUGAAAUGUACAGAAAUAAGUGAAAAUUUAUCCUACUUUGAUACAAACAAAAUUGAAAAAUUAAAUCCAAGUCAAGAAGAAAAUAUUAAGAAUUCUUUGUCUUUAGACUAUACUCGUGUUUCCACAAGCAAAAAUAUUAUCAACACGUCUUACGAUUUGAAAAAUGAAAAAUAUCCCUUUCCACGUGAAAAACUCAAAAUUCUGAAAAAUGAGCGACAUUUAUCAUACGAUGAAGAAAAAGAAAUAGUUCCAAAAUUAAUCAAAAGUCGACAAAAUACAGCCGACUUAUCUUCUUGUUCUCAAAAGACUGUCAGAGAUAAUUCUCUAAAUUGCCAACUUCCAUUGUAUGAAAAGCUACAUGAAAAUAAACAUAUUUAUUCUUUGUUGGGCAAAAAUAAAAAAAUAACGUAUCUCGAUUCACCCCAACAAAAUGAUUUCAAGGCAGAUAAAUUACAACAACCCAUCAUUUCUUCUCAAAUAAACAAAUUCUCAAAUUCAAAUUUAUCCAAAAGUGAGAUCGGGAGAAGAGCAAAUGAUUUUAAAGUGAGAUGUUCGGUGGAGCCGAAAAACAUAAAAUACAGUGAUCUAGAUUCUAAGAACGAGGUGAGAAGUUCUGGUCGUGCAAGAUAUAGGGCACGUGUGCAAUUUAAAAAUAAACAAUGGCAAUUAUUAGUUUAUAAUAAAAUAGGAGGAUACUAUCCGAUGGAACUCUUGGAGGUGUUAAUAAAUAGAUAUGUUAUUAUAAGGAAGGUAGGAUGGGGGCAUUUUUCAACUGUCUGGCUCUCCUGGGACACUGUGUAUAUAUUUAAUUUUGAUGGUAGAGAUAAAAUUUUUGUGGCUGUCAAGGUUAUGAAAUCAGAUCCAAACUACUCCGAAGCUGCCAACGAUGAAAUUAAAAUACUAGAACAAGCUAAUUUUGUUAAGAUUAUUUUAUAGAUAAAAAACGGACCUUCUGAUCAUCCAGGAAAAGCGAAAUGUUUAAAAAUAUUGAACAGCUUUGUGAUUAAAUGGAAUCAGAAAAAAUGUAUUAUUCUUCCUUUAAAUGAAGAUAUAUCAAUGGUGUUUGAAGUCCUUGGCCAUAAUUUGCUUAAACUAAUUGUCGACUCCUCUUUCCGUGGAAUAUGUGCUGCGAAUGUGAAAAUAAUAUUAAAAGAUAUUCUUAACGGCCUUUCAUACUUGCAUGAAAAAUGUAAAAUAAUUCAUACAGAUAUUAAACCAGAGAAUAUUUUGAUUGUUCAAACAGAACAUGAAAUUUUUUAUACGGGAAUUUUAGCACUUCAGAAAAUAGUUCUCGGUCGUGAAAUCCCAUGCGAUUACAAUUUGGGGAAUAAUCAUUUAUUUUCAGAAGAAAUCCAAACUAGGCAGUACAGAUCAGUAGAAGUCAUUUUAAGAGGCCAUUAUAAUACUUCUGCCGAUAUUUGGAGCACAGCAUGUUUGGCUUUUGAAAUAUUGACGGGGGACUUUUUAUUCUCUCCGAAGUCUGUUCCUGGCCUUUCAAAAAACAGCGACCACUUAGCACUCAUUUCUGAGCUAUUAGGAGAAAUUCCAUUGUUUGUACUUGAACGCGGGUUUGACUCACAUAAAUAUACAAACUCACAGGGUUUUUUUAGUUAUCCAUUUUUAGGAAAAUUAAUAAAUCAGUUACCAGUUUGGCCAAUGGUCGAAGUUUUAGUAGAAAAAUAUUCCAUUAAUAAAAAAGUUAGCGAAGAACUUUGCAGUCUUCUAUUGCCAAUGCUCAGAGUCGAUUAUAAAAGGCGAGCUAAUGCCCAACAGUGUCUGAAUAAUAGAUGGCUAUACACCGAAGACUAA